CUUUGUGAUAUCUCAAACGUUUCAGUCAAGACUUACGACAGAGAUAUUCAUAUAUCUCUGAAUAAAUCAAGCGAACCUUGAUUGUUGAGUCUUGGUUUAUUGAGGGAACCAUAAAUAUAUCAGAUAUGUCGGACGCAGAUACAGCGUACCACUUUUAUGUCUAUAACCCAUCACUCGUGUGGAAUGCCCUGUUUACAGCUGUUAUGGGUUUAGCUCUGAUUGCACACAUCGUUCAGAUGUUUUACUUCCGCACAUCGUACUGGUUCAGUGUAUGUUUCAUUCUCGGUAUAAUAUGUGAAUUGAUUGGCUAUAUUGCUCGAUUGGUGAGUCACAACAAUGUAACGAAUAUGUCCAUUUACGUCUGCCAGGCUACAACUUUAGUCUUUGCACCAGUUUUCAUCAUGGCUGGUAUCUAUUACCUUCUAGCCCAGAUGAUUGUGGUAUACGGAAGAAAAUACUCCUUGAUCAGUGCACGCCUGUGCUCGUAUGCCUUCGUUAUUGGUGACGUCCUUUCUCUUUUCCUCCAAGGUGCUGGUGGUGGUUUGAUGGCUGGUUCAGAUGGUGCAAGUUAUAAUACAGGCCAGGCUCUUAUCAUCACUGGUUUGGCGUGUCAAGUUCUUCUCAUGACUAUAUUUCUAUUCUUAGUGGGUGUCUUUUUGCACAGAAUUCGCUUCCUGAAAUCUGAUCAUUUUUGUUUGGAUUACAAUCCAAAGUACGAGACACUACGAAAGAGACUAGUAUUCCGCUGGUACCCAGUGGUCAUCAUUGCAUCUGUCUUAUUUAUUUAUGUUCGUUCUGUGUAUAGAUUGGCAGAGUUUAUCGAACCAAGAAGCGGUAAUCUUCAAAGUAAAGAAGGUUAUUUCUUGGUCCUGGAUGCGCUGAUGAUGAACGUUGCAAUUUGGCUAUUAACAAUCUUCCACCCUGGCUAUGUUAUUGGUAAAGUUGUCAUCGCUAAGGCCCGCUCAAGAACAAACAGUAACGACUAUGUUGAUUAUGGUGCAGGCCAAUGUGUUCCUCAAUCUGGAAAGGACGAUAACAGUCAAUACGAACUGAACAAGUACUGAAUCAUCAUACAACUCACUUGAAUCUCGCCCACUGGAAAUCAGCGUGAGAUAUAUAAUAUACUUGAAGACUUUAGAGGAUCCAGCAUCAUUGUGAUUGUUUGACAUUCACGGGAAUACUGCAUAAUAGAGCAAUUCAUCAUUUGUUUGACUCCGCCCCGCCCCCUAGUAGGCACUUAUCAUGAUACAUUGAUGUGCAUUUAGGAAUAGCCCAUAUAAUUACCCGGGCAAACUAACGACAAAUAAUAACUGCAC